CUUUAUCCUCUUGUACUAAUCCAACCCCACUCCUCUCAACAUCCUUUCAUCUCAUCUCUCUCUCCCAAAAACAAUAUCUCCAAUCCAUCCAUCAUCAACUUUUAAUCUCCAUCCUGUCAAUCAAUCACACCUUUCCUUCUCCUUCUUCUUCUUCUUCUUCUUUUUACUUAUUUAAGGUGUUGUAGAAGAAUUACAAAAGGAGAAAGAAAAAUAGAGAGAUGGAUCAUCAUCAUCAUCAUCAGGAUGCUAAUAAACUAGUUUCAAGAAUGAAUUACAUGAGUGAUGAUCAAGAGGAGGAAUUGACGGACAUCAGAAGAGGGCCGUGGACUGUUGAUGAAGACUUCACCCUCAUCAACUACAUAGCUCAUCAUGGAGAAGGUCGCUGGAACUCUCUUGCUCGAUCUGCUGGCCUCAAGAGAACUGGGAAGAGCUGCAGAUUGAGAUGGUUGAACUAUUUGCGUCCAGACGUUCGUCGUGGAAAUAUCACUCUUGAAGAACAGCUCUUGAUUCUUGAACUCCAUUCUCGUUGGGGCAAUAGGUGGUCGAAAAUAGCUCAACAUUUGCCUGGUAGAACUGACAAUGAGAUCAAGAACUACUGGCGGACACGGGUCCAAAAGCAUGCUAAGCAGCUCAAAUGUGACGUCAACAGCAAGCAAUUCAAGGACACCAUGCGUUACCUUUGGAUGCCAAGAUUAGUUGAGAGAAUCCAAGCUGCCGCCGCCUCCUCCUCUGGUGGAGGUACCACGGCGGCAGUGGCCUCCUCUUCCACCAACACUAGUGCUUACCUCUUCAACAAUCAAAACAGCACAACUACUCUUGACAUGGGCUCAUCUACAAUUAAUACACUGGGGCAGCCCAAUACAUUGACGCCGGAAAACUCGAGCGCCGCCGCAUCCUCAGACUCUUUGGGGACGCCGGUUUCUGAGCUGACGGAGUGUUACAACAACUAUCCAGUAGUCAACAAUAAUCAAGAUUAUUUUCCGGGGAAUCAGAAUAUGUCUUAUAGUUAUGGUGAUCAAUCUUUAACCAGCCCCACUACAGCAGGCUACUUUAGCCAAGGGUUGGAAUUCAUGGAGCAAAACAGUGAGUGGAUGGACGGUGCAGAUGAUGGAUUGGACAGUUUGUGGAAUGUUGAUGACAUGUGGUUCUUACAGCAGCAGCAGCAAUUCAACAGCAAUGCUUAGAUGAGUUUUAUAUUAAUGAACAUAAUUAAAUUAAUAAUAAUCAA